AUGAAUCACUUUAAUUAUAAUUAUAACUUCAGUUUAAAAAAAGCCUAUAUCUUUAUAUUAGAGUUCUUUGAAGUUCGUCGGAAGGUGGUGGUGGAGGAGGAGGAGGAGGAGGGCGGAAAGGAAUUAUGGAGUACGAUCAUAGCCAUCAGAGAGGAGAGAAUGGAAUUUAAAAAUUUUGUCACCGAUAAUCGUAUUUGUAGUAGUAGUGGUAGCAGUAGCAGUAGUAGUGGUGGCGGCGGUGGCGGCGGCGGUGGUGGUGGGAUACGCGUGGAUGGGCGCGUGCAAACUUCGCAGUGCCGCAUGUAUCCCCUCUCACGUGGCGAAGGAGAAUCUCCGCCACUAAUGGAAAGGACCCGUCCUAUAUCUACUCAAAUUUGUACACUCUGCGAGAGCCUCGAUACACAACCAGAAAUGACGUCAUCUCUUUGUACUUUAUGCAUGACUGCUGAAGGAGUGAUUUUUGACACCCAACCGGAGUCAAAACCCUUUCUCUUCUUAUCUGCAUUGAAUGGGAAAUUUAGUAUUGAACCAAUGUACACCAGCGGGUUUCAAACCCCAUAUAGUGACACGUUGAUUCGGCAUCCGAUGAAACCAGGAGACAGCAAUAAGAAACGUCCCGAGAAAAUGGAUGCGGUGGCAUCCGAAUUCCCAGCCUACUUAAUUUAA